AUGCCCGUCGUACAGCCAGAGAAGCUUGUGAAGCUACAACAGCAAGGCGAUGGAAUUCGCAAUGAUCACGGCAAAACAUCAUUGACAGACGCCCUGAUCGCCACAAAUGGAAUCAUUUCACCAAAACUGGCGGGCAAGAUCCGCUACUUGGAUUCUCGACCCGAUGAACAAUUGCGUGGAAUCACCAUGGAGUCUUCUGCCAUCUCAUUAUAUUUCUCACUACUACGGAGAAACGCACCCAACGCCGAGCCCGUCCAGAAGGAGUAUCUCAUCAACUUGAUCGACUCGCCCGGUCACAUUGAUUUCAGCUCCGAGGUAUCAACGGCAUCAAGACUAUGCGAUGGCGCUGUUGUUCUGGUGGAUGCGGUCGAAGGCGUAUGUUCACAGACGGUCACCGUGUUGCGUCAGGCAUGGUCAGAAAAACUCAAACCUCUAUUGGUCAUCAACAAAAUGGAUCGUCUGAUCACAGAACUGAAGUUGAGUCCUGGCGAGGCGUAUACUCAUUUGUCGAAAUUACUGGAGCAGGUCAACGCUGUCAUGGGAAGCUUUGCGUUGGGCGAGAGAAUGGAGGACGAUCUUCGAUGGCGAGAGAGAAUUGAGGAGAAGGUGACGGCCGCCAGUGCAAGAGAGCAGCGGGAAAGUGUAGCCCAGGACGAUCAAGGAGUCAUCACGAAUGAAACGACAACCACGGAGUAUGAAGAAUUGGAAGACGAAGACAUCUACUUUGAGCCGGAGAAGAACAACGUCAUUUUCAGCUCUGCCAUCGAUGGCUGGGCUUUCACACCACGACAAUUUGCAAGUCUAUACGAGAAGAAGCUGGGCAUCAAACGAAAUGUUCUUGAGAAAGUGCUGUGGGGCGACUUCUACCUCGAUCCGAAAACGAAGCGGAUCCUUGGACCCAAGCAUUUGAAGGGUCGCAACCUGAAGCCCAUGUUCGUGCAGCUUGUUCUUGAGCAAGUCUGGGCUGUCUAUGAGGCCACGACUGGUGGUUCUAACAACAGGGGAGAUUCCGCUCUGCUCGAGAAGAUCACGAAAGGAUUGAGCCUCAACAUUCCAGCUCACAUUAUGCGAUCAAAGGAUCCCAAGGCACUAUUAUCAGCAGUAUUCUCUGCUUGGCUUCCGCUUUCCACAGCGCUUCUUGUCUCCGUCAUCGAGACUUUACCCUCACCUCAGUCAGCGCAAGAAGCAAGAAUGCCAGCUCUGCUCAAACAGUCACCCGGCGCCGAACACAUCGACAGCAAGAUCCACGACGCGAUGGUGCAUUCCACAUCGACUAUUGGCGAACCGACAAUAGCAUUUGUCAGCAAAAUGAUCUCUAUCCCAGAAAGCGAACUACCAGCAAACAAGCGACGUGGCGGAGCUUUAACAGCGGAAGAGGCGAGGGAACUUGGUCGAAAGAAGAGAGCAGAGAUCGCCAGAGCUCAAGCUCAGGCAAGCGGCGAGGCUGACGUUGACUCUGUGACGGACACAUUGAGCACGGCUGCGAUCGGCGACGAAGAGGAGAUUCAGGCCGAGAAUGGCGAGGAGGAGCAAGCAGAUGAUCCAGAACAUCUCAUCGGAUUCGCCCGACUUUUCUCUGGCACAUUGACUGUCGGCGAUGAAGUCUAUGUUCUGCCGCCGAAAUUCACACCUGCUCGAGCAAAUGCCCAACCACUGCCGAAGAAAGUCACCAUUACCGCUCUGUACCUACUCAUGGGUCGCAGUCUGGAGUCUCUGAACUCAGUACCGGCUGGAAACAUUGUCGGUAUUGCUGGUCUCGAAGGUGCAGUACUAAAGUCCGGCACGAUCUCCUCCCAUCUGGAGGGCGCACCGAAUUUGUCGUCCACCACCGCCAUCUCAACGAAUGCUCCUAUUGUCCGCGUCGCGCUAGAGCCCACCUUCACAGGAGACUUGGAUAAGAUGAUCCGCGGGCUACGCCUACUGGAACAAGCCGAUCCAGCAGUAUCGUACGAGCAGUUGGAGAGCGGAGAGCACGUCAUCCUCACGGCUGGAGAACUCCAUCUUGAACGCUGUCUCAAAGACUUGAAGGAACGCUUCGCGAAGUGUGAUAUCCAAGCUGGUGAAGCAAUCGUGCCAUACAGAGAAGGCAUCGUCAAAGCCGAAGAGAUGAAUCCUCCGCAAGAUCCUACCCUCGGACGAGGCAGAGUGGAAGGCGUGACGUCGAGCAAGCAAGUCACUGUUCGAAUCAGAGUGAUGCCUUUGCCUGCACCGGUGACGGAGUUUCUGGUAAAGCAUAGUGGUGCUGUCAAGCGUCUCUAUUCUGAACGUAAGGCUCAAGAGGAGGAGAGGAUUACAGGCAGCGCUGGAGCUGAGCACGAUCUUGACGACGAAGGCAAUGCUGGAGAGCACGACAUCGAGGCAGAAGACGAUGCUGUGGAUGCUGGCCAGCAUCUUUCGACGGCCGAGUUCAAGCAACGCCUUUCAGAGGCAUUCGCCGAGGACAAAGCCGAUAGAGAGCUAUGGAAAGAUGCCGUCGACCAGAUCGCGUCUUUCGGACCACGGCGCGUCGGUCCAAACGUCCUAAUCGACGCAACAAAGGAAGGCAUCUGCGGGAAGUUCCUCCACGAAACCGACCACUCCCCCGCCAAUGGCCUUACAACCGACAAACAAACCUCCACUCUCGCCGACAAAAUCGCCUACGCCUUCCAACUCGCCACACACCAAGGUCCCCUCUGCCACGAACCCCUCCAAGGCAUCGCCGUCUUCCUCGAAGACCUCUCCACGACCCUCCAACCCGACGAAGUCGCUGCGAACAUGGGCCGUCUGACCGGCGAAAUCAUCCGCACGGUCCGCGAAUCCAUCCGCAUCGGCUUCCUCGACUGGAGUCCCCGGAUCCUGCUCGCGAUGUAUUCUUGCGAGAUUCAAGCCUCCGCUGAGGUGCUGGGACGGGUCUACUCGGUCAUCACUCGGAGGCGAGGGCGGAUCGUGAGUGAGUCUCUGCUUGAGCCGUCGACGAAUUUCACCAUCUUGGCUCUACUGCCUGUGGCGGAGUCGUUUGGGUUCUCUGAUGAGAUCCGUCAGCGAACGAGUGGAUUCGCGGCGCCACAGUUGGUGUUUGAGGGUUUUGAGAUGUUGGAUGAGGAUCCGUUUUGGGUUCCGACUACGGAGGAGGAGUUGGAGGACUUGGGCGAGAAGGCGGAUAAGGAUAAUGUGGCGAAGAGGUAUGUCGAUGGGGUGAGGGGGAGGAAGGGUUUGGCGGUGAAGAAGAAGGUGGUGGAGAGUGCGGAGAAACAGAAGACGUUGAAGAGGUAGAUUGAGAGAUUCUAGGAUGGAGAUGGAUCUUCUGCCUUCUCGUUGCAGACACUGCUGUCCUACCUUUGGGUAUGCAACUGCAUCGAUCUUUCUCACUUCCUUGGCUU